CCAGGCUGCGCCGUGCUUCCUUUCGGUUCCUCGGUCAACGGUUUCGACUCUCACUGCUGCGACCUGGAUCUCCUCCUGGAUCUGGAAGCCACCAAAUCUCUGCGGGGCGACGGCUCCGGCGCCGAGGACUCCAUCCUCAGCGACAUCGAUUUGAGCUCGGCCCGACCCGAGGAGCUCCUGGAGCUGGUGGCUGCCGUCCUGCGUCGCUGCGUCCCCGGCGUCACCCGCGUCCGCCCCGUCCCCACCGCCCGCCGCCCCGUCGUCAAGUUCUGCCACAAGCAAUCCGGCCUGCUGGGCGACAUCUCCAUCGACAACAGGCUGGCGCUGCACAACACGCGGUUCCUGCGGCUCUGCGCCGAGGCGGACGCGCGCGUGCGGCCGUUGGUGUACGCCGUGAGGCUGUGGGCGAAGCAGCAGGGGCUGGCGGGAAACCCUGCCGGGGGAGGACCCCUCCUCACCAACUACGCGCUGACGCUGCUGGUGCUGUUCUUCCUGCAGACGCGCAGCCCCCCCGUGCUGCCCACGGUUGAAGAGCUUCGCGAGCUGGCGGGCCCGGAUUGCCGCGUGGUGGAGGCGGGCUGGGACUGCAGCUUCCCCCGCGAGGCGACGGCGCUGGAGCCCAGCACCAACAGACAGAGCAUGGGCUCCCUCCUGCCCGAAUUCUUCCAGCUCUUCGGCUCCUUCCCCUUCGCGACGCACUUCCCCUCUCUCCGCCACGGCCGCCCGCUGCCCCUCUCAUCCGCCGACCCCCUCCUCAAGCGGACCCCCCUCACCGUCCUGGACCCCUUCGAGCUCGACCACAACGUCACCGCCAACGUCACCGCCAAAUCGGCGUCGCGCUGGGGCCGCUGUUGCCGCGCCGCCGCCAAGUACUGCCGCAGCCUCCAGUACAGCCGCAAAUCCGCCAAGGGCCGCCCCUGGGGCUUGGUGCGCCUCUUCCAACCCGGCGCCGUGGAGCCGGGAGCCGGGGGGGGUUCCUCUUUCCUCAUCCCCAUCCCCUUGGACGGUGCCGGUGCCGCACGGCGGUCGCACGGCGCUGAGUUGAAGGAGGUCCGCGCCGCCGUCAUCUUCGUGCUGAGGGACAUCCUGCGGUGCGCUGUGGGGCGGGGGGACGGGGGGCCGGAUCGCGGGCUCUUGGAGGACCCCAAAGUCUUGGAGGACCCCAAAGUCUUGGAGGACCCCAAAGGAGCUUCUACAACGGACCCCAAACUUUUGGGAGUGCAUGGAAUGGACUCCAGACUCUUGGAGGACCCCAAAGGUUUGGGAGCUCCUGGAACAGACCCCGAACUCUUGGAGGACCCCAGACUCUUGGGAGCCCUUGGACUGGACCCCAGACUUAUGGAGGUGGACCCCGAGUUCAUGGAGGAGGACCCCAAACUCUUGGAAAUUUCCGGAACGGAUCCCAACUUCCCAGAGCCGCCCCCACCAGCGGGUUCCAAACGUCCCCGGCCCGAAGGGACGGACGUCACCGUGUCCCCGGCUGCCAAACGGCAGCGGGUGACCACCCCCGAGGAAGAGGAGGAGGAGGAGAAGGAGGAGGAGGAAGCACCGCGCUGGAGCUGCACCGUGUGGCACCGCGUGUGGACCGGGCGCCGUCGCCUCCGCCGCCAACUGCAGCACCGGGACGGCACCAGGAGGAUCCAUGGGGACACCAGUGGGCCCCAAUGCGGGGACGGGGACACCAGUAGGGUCACCAGUAAGCUCCAAGGUGGAGACACCAGUGGGGUCCAUGGGAUUGGGGACACCAGUAGGAUCCUUGGGGACACCAAUGGGCCCCAAUGUGGGGAUGGGGACACCAGUGAGCUCCAACGUGGGGGCACCAAUGGAUUCCAUGGGGACACCUAUGGGUUCUACGGGGAUGAGGACUCCAGUGACCCCCAACGUGGGCAUGGGGACACCAGUGGGCUCCAGUGUGGGGAUGGGGUCACCAGUAAGCUCCAAGGUGGGGACACCAGAGGGCCCCAAUGUAGGGGCACCAAUGGGUUCUGUGGGGACAAGGACAGCAGUGAGCUCCAAGGCGGGGAUGGGGACACCAGUGGGCUCCGUGGGGACAUCAGUGGGCUCCAUGGGGACGAGGACUCCAGUGACCCCCAACAUGGGCAUGGGGAUGCCAGUGGGCCCCAACAUGGAGGCACCAGUGGAUUCCAUGGGGUUGGGGACACCAGUGGGCCCCAGUAUGGGGUUGGGGGCACCAGUGGGUUCCACCAUGGAGGCACCAAUGGGUUCCAUGGGGACGAGGACUCCAGUGACCCCCAACCUGGGCAUGGGGACACCAGUGGGUUCCAUGGGGACACCAGUGGGUCCCAAUGUGGGGAUGGGGACACCAGUGGGCUCCAACAUGGAGGCACCCAUGGGCUCCAUGGGGAUGCCGGUGGGUCCCAACAUGGGGACACCCUUGGGUCCCCCGAGGACCUGGACUUGGAGCAGAAGGUGUCGGACGCCAUCGUGGAGCAAAAUGGCGCCGCUCGACCCCCGGAGCCGCUGCUCCGCUUCGAGGCCGACGUCCGCGUGACGGCGGGGGGGCAACGGGCGCUGCUCCGCCUGACCCCAACCCCGGGGCCGGGGCCCCUUUUUAGGGAUUUUUUCCAUUUUUUGAGGGUUUUUCUGCCCCCCAUGGUGCGGAGGAGGAUGGAGAUCCACCCAACCGAUUGCUCUCUGACCUUCCAGGACCUCCUGGCCCCGCCCCUCGCCCCACCCCAUUUCGUGGUUCCUGCCAAUGGCGAGUGA